AAACCAGCAAAAAUACCACGCCUACGGAAGUCUUAACAGCCAGGGGGAGGGGAUGCUGGAUACCAAGGAAGCCUGGCAGACGCCCGUGCGGCACUUUUGUGAAUCUGCCCAUGAUCAUGCCGGUCCAGAAAUGUGGAGCGCGUUCUCCUCUUUGGGUAUUACUUUUUUCGCCUGCCUCUGCCUCUUCACCGGGCAACACAGCAACGUGCUUGUCAAAAUGUGCGCAGCCGUGCUUGCGUGGUGCGGCAUCGGCUCGUUUGGCUUCCAUUGGACGUUGUCGGAAGCUUGGUCCUUCCUCGAUACCUUCCCCAUGACAAUCGCAGCGGUCUUGGGCAUGUACCUGUGCUGGGCCGUUCUCAUCGACGAGAUAUUUUUCUUCCUCUACCGUCCUUUGUCCUUGGUCCCCAGGGACGGGGAGCCGGCGCCCAUGACGCAAGGCUGGGGAUGGAAACCACCGCCUCCCCCUCUGCUUUUUAAACGAAAAUCCCAAUGCAUGAGCGUCCUCGCCCUCCUCGCCAGCGGGCUGCUCAUCUGGAGCCUGGUUCUGAACGCUGUCUAUGGUAACGUCUUCUACGACACGCUGUUUACCGUCCUCGGCCUCUUCCUCCUCGCCUCGGCCCUGACCCUGCGUGCCUUCCACCGGAGGCGACAGAGGCUGGAAAGACAGGAGAGCCGGAGGGAGGAAGUAUCCAUGGUGGUGGCAUGUGCGAGGGAGGAGGAGAACGACGGGAGAGAGGAAGGGAAGGAGGGGGCGAUGGAGAAAGGGGUAGGCCUAGCUAGCCCUUGCCGGGGCUGGACAGGUGACAAUUGUCCGGAGGACAGAGAGGAGCCAGAGACAGGGAAGGAGGAGGGGGGCCAAGGGAGGGAGGUGGAGGAAGGGGGGGAGGUGGAGGAAGGGGAGAGAAAAGUGAGGUCGGGGAGAGGGAGGAGCUCGGAGACCGGCCCCCCGAGGUGCUUGGAAGAAGCCUUGCUCCCCCUUCCCCCUAGUCCUCGCCCCCCGCCCAUGCAUGGAUGGCUGCUAGCCUUGCGCGUGAAGGAGCGGCAUUACAUGCCCGUCCUGGGGGGCGAGACGCAGGUAGGGACCUGUGCGGCCCGUUUCUUUGUGAAGGUGGUGCUGGGUGGUCGUUGAGCGCUUUCCGUCAUCCUCCUCGGCCUCCUCCUCGUCUUGUUCGCCGCCAUAAUAUGGGAGACGAGUGAACAGCUCUGUCCUCUCCCUCACUGGGGCUGGUUGAGGUAUCUGCGCUUACACGCCCUGUGGCAUCUUUCGAUAGGUUAUGGAGUCUACCUUCUCCUACAGGCAUCAGCGCUUCUCUCCGCCCCAAGUCUCUUUGGGAAGCGCGCCAUGUUCGAUAAUCGUCAUUCGCGCCACAUUUGGCUAAACACUUUCUUCCCCCGCGUUGUCUACCUAAACUGCACCUGUCAGUCAGGGCGUGAGAGUGGCGGGAGGGAAGGGAAAGGAGACAGGGAGUGGUGGGUGAUUUGUGUGGAAUGUGGGCGGGAGGAGCGUCGGAGGGGGGAAGUGGAAACAGGAGGUUGGGAUGUGCGUCAGAGGGAAAGCGAGAGGGAAGGAAAUGGACGAUUGAUUGGAGGCAGCGAAGGAGGGAGACUAAGAAGCAGAAGCGCGUGCUCUACGGUAGGGAGCGAAGGGAGUGCAAGCACGUACAGAUCCUCCUCCGCUUCCUCCUCGCCCCUCCACCCCUCCUCCACUUCUUUUCCCUCCUCCUUCGCGGUCUCCUCCUCCUCGUCCUUGGACCGCAAUGAGGAAGGACGGUGAAUCAAAGCCAAAAUGGAGCAAAUUUGUUUGGAACAAUGACGUUAGCAUGCCUGUUUUAGCCUAUGAGACGAGAGAUGUUGGGGCAAUCGAAAGGCGGGAAAGAAAAAUGGAGGGCAUUUGCAUUGUUGUAUCGAUAAUGACACACGGAGGGGGAAUGGAGUGGGGGAAAGAAUGAGGCUUGUUGUAUCGAGAAGAAAAAGAUGACGAUGAUUGUACGA